AUGUCUCGUCCCUACGACUCUAAGCUUGGCAUCGUGACGGGCGGUUCUCGAGGUAUCGGUGCCGCCGUGGCCGACCGUCUCGCCGCCAAGGGUUGCAACCUCCUCCUGGCAUACACGUCCGACUCGUCCCGGGCACCCACGGAGGCCAAGUGCAAGGCGCUGUCGGCGACGCACGGGAUUCACUGCUCCCCCGUUCAGGCGGACCUGAGCAAGCCCGAGGCGUCGGCGCGUGCCAUCGUAGCCGCGGCCGAGGCGCUCUUCUCGUCCUACAGCAAGGGCGAGGGCGAGGGCGAGGGCGCGGGAGGGGAGUUCCAGAUAGACAUCCUGGUCAACAACGCCGGCGUGUCGUCCAACCAGCUGAUGAACGACGCUCGGCACGGGGCCAUCACGGCGGCCGAGUUCCGCCGCGUGUACGACGUCAACGUGCUCGCGCCGCUGAUGCUCAUGCAGGCCGUGGCCCCGCACCUGCCCCGCGACAGGUCCGGCCGGGUGGUCAACGUGUCGAGCGUGUCGUCGUCCAUCGGCUACGAGGGCCAGUCCGUCUACGCCGGGAGCAAGGCCGCCAUAGAGUCCAUGACGCGCUGCUGGAGCCGUGAGCUGGCCGACCGGGCCACCGUCAACUGCGUCAACCCCGGCCCCGCCUGGGGCGACAUGUACGCCCAGGCCGGCCCCGCCUUCUGGCGCAUCAACCAGCCCUACGUCGACGCCGCGCCCCUGGCCCGGUACGACGGCGACAAGGCCGUGCUCGACUUGGCCGGCGACGACGCCCAGAGGUUCGACAAGACCGUCAGGGAGGGCAUGGGCGGCAGGAGGCCCGGCUUCACCUCGGAGAUUGCCGGCACCAUCGACAUGCUCUGCACAGAGGAGAGCGGCUGGACUACCGGGAGCGUCGUGUGUGCCAACGGUGGCAUGAAGAUGUCUAUCGCUUAG